GCGGAAGCGUGGUGACGUGUGGCGGAAACAGUCCGGUCCGGUGGACUCGGUGACUCGGAUCCGGACCGGGUCUUGUGUUGAUUGAGUAGAUCAGAGUUCUGGAUGUUCUUCUGCGUCUCCAGCUGCCGUCAUGUUACCAAAGACUCGCCUGGGAAAGCGUUCACCACUGGGGGCGCUGGUGAGUUCCACCCUCCCAGCAGCAACAGGAACACACACGGACCAGGAGAUGGGUGAAACUAAUGUAGCCGCGGCAACAGCGGCAGCAAGACAGCAGACCGUGGGUGGAGUCCACCUUCAGCCUGGAUUGAAGAUGUACUUUCAGUUUGGGGGCAGGGAAAAUCCAGCACUCGCUGAGCGAAUGGACAUCAUUCAGAGUCAAGCUCCUGGCGUGAGGAAAACCGAGGAGCCAGCAUCUCAUCAUUCUUCCUCAGUGCCAACUUCUAGCAGAUCCAUCUCCUCCUCCAUCGACGUCCCCAGAAGGAGUCAGAGGAGUCCAGAGGAGGUGGAGAUGGAUGAGAUGAUGGCAGCCAUGGUUCUCACCACUUUGUCCUGCAGCCCGCAGCUCCACAGCCCCGCCCAGCGUGACCCCACAGCUCCGCCCAUGGACUGCGGUGGCAGCGAGCUCUCUGACAGCAGCAGCAGCGGCUACUGGAGCGUCGGCCACAGCCACGGAAGCCCCGCCCCCUCUCCACCGAGCGCAGAGUCCGAAACGUUUGUGGCCACUUCCACUGACGAAGGACUAGAAAUAGAUCUGGAACAGAUGCUGUUCGACGAGCCGGCUCCUCGGAAACGUAGGAACUCCGUGAAGACGGCGUACCACUGCUUAUGGCCGAGCUGUGAGAAGGUCUUGACGUCUGUGGUGGGAAUAAAACGCCACAUUAGGACAACGCACCUGAGCUGCAGUGGUGAGCAGGAGCGAUGUUCUCACAGCGAGGAGGACUUUUACUACACAGAGAUCAACCAGCAGUCUCCAGCCACACAGCUCCACGGAGGCCCCGCCCCAGCCUCACCCACUGCCACACCCUCCUCCCCAUCUUCCCCUCCCAGAGCUCCUCCUCCUUCUCCUCCCUCGCCCCCUCCUGCUACGUCAGCCUGUGGAACCCUGAGCCGCUCCCUGCCCUGCACUGGUACCUUCUGGCAGGUCCAAUCAGAGCACUCCUACCAGGCUCCACUUCCAAACCCUGCGCUGCCCACAGGAGCGUCCUGCAUGAUGCCAGGUCAUUGGAUGGCCCCGCCCACUGGCUGCCACAACAAACAGGGUUUGCCAAUUCGAGUGCGUUCAGUCAGUGUAGGGGAGCAGUGGCUGCAGCACCACAGCACCCCCUGCAGGCGGGUUCGUGGCGAGGCCAAGAAAUGCCGUAAAGUUUAUGGGAUCGAGCACAGAGAUCAGUGGUGCACAGCCUGCCGCUGGAAGAAGGCCUGCCAGCGCUUCCUCGACUGAACAGCAGAGGGUGGUGAAAGAACCUAGAGUGGAGGGUUGCGGGGGAAGAACGGCCUCUUCCUCCUGAUGAUUUAGCCGUUGGUGCUUUUAUACGUUCUUCCAUUUGGAAUCAUAACAUUUUGUACUCAAACUUGUUUUUGUUUUUUCUUACAACUGUUUUUGUCAAGUCUGUAUUUUAUGAAGACUAAGAAGAGCUGUGAUGUGAACUUUGACCUGAUGAACUAUUUACUCAACUGAGUGAUUCUGGUGAGAACUUUUAAAGGUCACUCAGCUCUCAGGUUUCUUCUAAAGCAGCUCCAUCGCUAUGAUCGCUUAGUAACCAUGGUAACGCUCCAGCUGCAUUUUGUGGGUCCACUGCUCUGGUCCAGAGUGAGACAUCACAAUAACAAUAUACUAUAGAUUGUGAUUCGAUUUGGAUCAGACAUUUGUAAAAAUCCCCAGCAGGUUAAUCUGAAUUACUUUUCAGUGACUUUAAAUAUAGCGCCACCAGGAGGUCAAAAUGCUCAGUGUUCAGCACUUUAAUUCAUACAUACAUACAGCACUUAGAAAGGUCUGCUGUACCUCAGGCUUUACCAUGAUUUAUGUCAAACCAAAAUCUUAAAAAAUGGUUUGCUUUUUAUGUAAUAAGACAAAUCUCUUUAAUCUCAAAGCAAAUAAAUAAAUAAAAAGGUUUUUUUUUUUUUUAUCUUUUGUAGAUUAGAAAACAAGAUCAUGGAUUUUCUGAAAGAACCAAAAAACAUCACUUUACAGCCAGUUGUCUUGACAAAAGUCAGGAAAUUGAGACAAAAACAAGCCACUGACCAUCUGCUUCAGACAAGUUAUUAAAUUAGAGAACAACAGUCUUUAUUGUCAUUGUACUUGGGGGGGACAACAAUAAAACUGUCCAGUAAUCACUUUGUUAAAGGUGUGAAAUGAGACGUGGCAGACGGGCACCUCGUCUCCUGAGGGUGAGCUGAUCCAGACAGAAUCAGUUCUGUCACUUUACAUUUUACAGACUGAUUUAAAUCAAACAUUCUGUGAGUGUGAAGUGUGUGUGUGUGUCCAUCCUCUAAUGUUUCUAAAGAAAACAGGCUGUAAAAGUGAUGAGCUUGACACUACUAAAGGACAAAAAUACUUACUGAAGCUGUUAUUUCGGCAGUAUAAGUAUUUUUUAUUUAUUUUUGAUCAUGUUAAGAUUUUUUGUUCAUCAAAGUUUCAGGAUCAUAUUGACAUUUUUUUUAUAAUGGUGCCAAUUUUUUGUAGUUUGAUUUGUGUAAACAUUGAAGCACUGCUGUUAUUUCACCUUAAAGGUGUUAGAAAUCAUGGUGCUGCAUGUGACGGCGGUCACGUGCUGACCUAGUGUAAACGACCUGCUGCAGGAUGUUCUCACAGGUCACACAAAACGCAGCACGUCUGCAAUUUAAGUUUUUAUUAAACGCGAACCCAUUCAGUCAGUAUUAAACUGCAACAUGCAUUAUUCAAACAAAAAAACAAAA